AUGACAGGGAUUGUAGCGGCCGCUGUUUUCAAGUUCAAAAUUGGGUCAGAUUCUGUUCUUAUAGUUGACAUAGAUGAUUAUUCCAAGUGCAACAAGGACAAGCCAAUUCGUGAACUAAAACAUGGUGAUUCAAAAGUCAAGUUUUACAGAUCAGGCCCAUUUUAUUUCAUCAGUGGACAUGAAGAUAAUUGUGAGAAGGGCCAGAAGCUUAAAGUUGUUGUGUUAUCUCCCAACCACAAAGCCCACAAUGCCUUGAGCCCAGUCUCUGAGCCCAUUGGGCCCGUUUCACCAGCCCCGGCUCCGGCCCAGUCUGCUGCAGGGUUUAGUGUUAGUCCAAGUGGUUUUGUUUGGGGCUUUAGUUUGAUAAUCGCGGCAUAUUUCUGCAUCUUGGUCUAA